GCAAACUUCAUGUUGAUAUUACCAGUGAAUUAUCUAAUUUUUAAAUUAGAGAAUAGAUUCAACAGAGUCAUGUUAAUCAUAAGAAGUAUCUUGAGCACCAUUGAAUUUCUGAUUUUAUUUUGCUUUUAUUGUUUGGAGGCAUUUAUUUUAAUGUUUUUUAGUCAUCGGAAAAAUAUUGCUGGGAAAAUAGUACUUGUCACAGGAUCUGCAAAUGGAAUUGGAAGAGAGAUUUCCAUAAAUUUGGCACGUCUUGGUUCCAUCCUCAUUCUCUGGGACAUUGACGAAGAAGGUAACAGUGAAACAGCAGAGCUUGCCAAAGCCAAUGGGGCUCUAGCCGUUUAUACCUACAAGUGUGACCUGCGCAAAAGAGAAGAAAUCUACACAGUGGCAGAACAGGUUAAAAGUGAAGUUGGUGAUGUAGAAAUUCUAAUCAACAAUGCAGGUGUUCUGAAAGGAAAGGGUUUCCUUGAUCUUCCCGACUCUGAUAUGGAUGAAACACUAGAUGUGAACACUAAAGCACACUUCUGGACUUGCAAAGCCUUUCUUCCAGCCAUGAUUGCCCGCAAUGAAGGUCAUUUGGUUUCUACUGCUAGUAUAUCAGCACUAGCAGGGACCAAUAAACUAACAGAUGCUUGUGCAAGUAAAGCUGCAGCAUUUGGGUUUUUGGAAUCCCUUGCAUUUGAAAUGAGAGCUGCAGGGAAAAAAGGCAUUAAAACCACUAUUAUUUGUCCUUCAUAUGUGAAUACAGAAUUAGUUAGAGGAGUACAAACAUCCCGGCCGUUACUACUUCCUAUUUUGGAUGUCGUCUACGUUGGGAAGAAGAUUGUGGAUGGGAUUCUUAAAGAGAAAUUGUAUGUGCUCUUACCACCAUAUGUUGGACUCAUUGUCCUUAAAAUAUUUUUUCCUAAGAAAGUGGUUUUCCUUCUUAUAGAAUAUCUUGGAAUCUUCAAUAAUUUAGAUGACUUUAGAGGUGAGGUUCGUAGAGGACAGCCACAAAGGACUAAAUGAGAAAUCUUCCUCUUAACAACUGCAGGCAAAAGAAACUGCAGCUGCCACCAAAAUCCUUUACUGAACAUGUAAGAAUCAGCAAAACAGAAAGAAAACAACAGAAAGAGAAAAGUCAUCCCUCAUCUUUAGAAAUGCAAAAUGUUUUUCUUUACUUACAAAAGGCUUCACUGAAACUAUCUAUUUUAUAUUUUAUGUGCAUAUUGUUAGUUCUGAAUAAACGUUUUGCUGAAAUGUGUUGACCUAC